GCUAGUUUAUUAAUAUUCUUCGUGAGAAUUUAAUUUUAAGAAUCAUUCAAUUAUUUGAUAUGACUUUCGGCGAAGUUGCUGAUACGAUAAAGUCUACAUAUGCGUCACAAAGAUUAUAUAUUAACUCUUAUUCGAAUUCUCCAUCAACGGAUGACAUAUUGAAAGAAUCGCCACUUCUUUUCGUAAAAAACUGCUUAUUUUGGCAUUUUCAAGAAUUGACGGGAACACCAAUUGAUACUUUACGGACUAGGUUUGAAGAAAAAAUGAAAACUAUUCUUAUCUAUGGUUAUGAAAGCCGAAGUUGCGAAUUUAAGGAUCUCAGCGAAAGUCGACAGCAGAAACAAGUGUUGAAUAUAAUUCAAACCCGAUUUAAAGAAACAGAAGUGGCGCUUCUCCAUUCGUGUUCGUUUGCAACAAGGUAUGAAGAUGUAAACGUGGACGUUUUAUUUCCUUGCAUUAUUUCACGACGAUUACAAGGCUGCAGAACCUCACUCGAAACUGAAAAUGAAGAAGACGAUGAGAGACCCAUAAGGCUGCGUUCUUGGCUCGACAUUACUAUUCCUUCAAAUGUACCUACUGGUCAAUAUUUCGCCACCCAAUACAAUAUGUCGAGCAAGAAAUGA